AUGCCUAUCAAGCUACCUAAGACCUUUGGUGGUCGGCGAAAGUCGUCUGGGAACAUUCUAGAAGAGGUGGACUCACAACAACAAUCUUCCUUCCGGGUCUUCGAGCGACCAGGCCCUCACAGAUCAAUAACUGAUGGCGCGCCGUUAAGCAAGCGCAUGAGCGAGGGCAAUGCUGUGCCUACGACGUUGGAGGAUUCCGAUAAUAUUUUCGCCGGAUCCGAAGAGCCCCUGAGGAAAAAUCGCGGCCCGACCUACGAGAGUUCGACUUCGACCCGACUCAGUUCCUCGUCCACCGUCCCGUCCUCCACAGAGAUUCCACCGCCUGAUGAGGCCACAUCCCCGCAUUCGCGAAUUCACGAUAUACCCGCUCCGCCUCCACUCGCCGGAGCCCUGCGCGCCGCUGCUGGCAGGACAUUCUCGUUUGGUGGACGAUUCGGCAAAUCAUUCUCACCCUCUGCUCCUCGAACUGCUACACCCGAUGCGCCGGUGAGACGGGCUGAAACCAGUGGUACCGAUAGCACGGCGACUCCACCAAAGCUGUCGAACGGGCAAUUUAAUCUUGGGGCAGACCUUGAGACAGGGAGCACCGAUGAUUUCGGGAAGAUGUUUGACCAUCUAGGCAAGCCGGAUAGCGCCAUGUUGCGGGACCCGUCCCCUCGGCGGUCUAAGCAGUAUUCUUCAUCUCCCCCGACACAAGCUCUACCAGAGUUCCAGGCCGGUGCUAGGGUACCACGACCUGCUCCAUUGCACAUUGAUCGAUCGUCGGCUGUCGAGCCUUCCCCUUACUCGUGGGACAGCCAUCACUCUCGUCACUCAGAUGAUAAUUUACUCAAUGAUUCGAAUGUCGCACGAAUGGGUGAGUUGGUGGUUGACGGCACUUCGACGGCUCAGAACCCCGAGACAGUUACAGGGUUCCGCCGUCCAUCACCAUCACCCGCCCAGAUGCUUGGUGCCACCACUACCCAUCGUUCCCUGGAGCGGCCACGACGCCAGUCGGAUUACAAUGGUCUACGCCGGAGUGGAAUCUACUCGGGCGGACAAGGCUCUAGCCCAGUUGAUGAUGAAGAUGCGAGAAUGGUCAGGCAAUCCCUGCUUUGGAGCAAAGAGAACUCUCCGCCAGCAAAUGACACACCGCUUUUCUCUAAAUCCAAGGCAGCCAGUCCUGAGUAUUUGAGCCCGGAACCGGAAUCAAUGUUCGCGUAUCGUCACGAGCCUGAUCCAUCCAUUGCGGACCACGCACGACUCGCUGUUCAGUACACCGAGAAAAUUCCCAAGACGACUUCCCCGGGCAAUAAGGUGAUGACACCCUCUCAAUUUGAGCAUUAUCGCCAACAGCAGGAACUCCGGCGAUCCAAUAGUAAUGCGUCCAAGAGUGAGGAUGAAGAUGACGAAGCUGGGAACGAAUUCGAUGAAGAGGACGAGAUCGAGAAGCAGCGUGCGGCGGAACGACAGCGGCGGAAGCAGGAGGCUCACAUGUCGGUUUAUCGCCAGCAGAUGAUGAAAGUGACUGGCCAGCAAGGUGGAUCACCGUUCCUUCAUCCCGUUAUGAGUGGAGCGAGCAACAGCGUUCCCAAUCUGAACCGCCUGUCUGGUUCAAUGGACAACACCUCUAGCAGCAAGAGCAACGAGGAAGACGACGAGGAGGUCCCGUUGGGUAUUCUUGCGGCGCACGGUUUCCCGAACCGCAACCGCCCGCCAACUCGCUUGGUCAAUGCCAGCUCUAACCCGAACCUUCGCGCGUCUAUGCAACCUCCGUAUGCGUCUUCUGCCAGCUCCGUUGCUGGGGGUGAACAUGGCGCCCGAGGGGGACUGCCCGUUUUCGCCCGAGCUCUUCCGCGGGACCCUUACUACGGUGCUGGCAUAGUUGCCGGGCCAAAUCGUGAGUCACUCGCUAUGGGUGGAGGAUCGGGUUCGGUGUACGGAGGCUCCUCAUCACCAGUUCCUCCAGGUGGUCUGGUUAAUGUGAUUGCUCACGAAGAGCGGGCGCGGGCAAUGCGACGCGGAAGCCCGAAUACCCAGGGAAUUCACAAUAUGGGCGGCGUUCCUCGGCCGUACUCAAUGAUGGGUCCCCAGCCGUUGAACCCUUCUGAGCAGGCCCAGGUGCAUCUGUCGCGCCAAAUGGCGGAUAUGAUGCAGAUGCAGAUGCAAUGGAUGCAGCAGGUGAUGCAGAUGCAGGGUAUGCAAGGAACCCCGCCUCCAAUGACGAACAACGGCAUGCUAGCCCCUCCUGGCAUGGGUGGUAUGCCUAUGUCUGGAACUCCAAUGGGCCCUCCCUCUAUGGCAGACCACCCAAUGGCGGGUCAUCUAUCAGUCAUGGGAGGCAAUCCAAACAUGAGACCAGUCUCCAUGCCUGGUCCGGUCCCUGGUGUGAACCCCAAUUUCGAUCAUCGCACUCUGACCAUGCUUGACCCCAACGUCGCCAUGCGUCGCACUGGCUCGCCCAUGCCUCAUCUAACUGGACCACCCUUCCAGCCCCAAAACCCAGGGUACGCAUCCUCGAUCGCUCCCUCGGAGCGUAGCAAUGCUGGCCUAGCAUCUCGGUAUCGUCCCGUUUCCGUCAUGCAUGGUGAGACCACUCAACAUGCUCCAUCGCAUCUGAACAAGGGUUGGGCCGAUGAAAACCAGCGCCCUUCGUUGCCAAUGUCUCAAUCGCAGCCCCAACUAGCCAAGUCGUCGUCACUUGCCACUGUGGUCGUUCGGCCCGUCUCCCCAGGGAAUCACUCACCCGCUGACCGCAAGCCCCGAAACGUCCCUGAUGAGGACGAUGACGACGAGGCCUGGGCUGAGAUGAUGAAGAAACGUGAUAAGAAGAAGAGCAGCUGGAAGCUGAAGCGAGGGACCUCAUCCCUCGGAGACCUGAUGAGUGUCGUGCACUAA